AUGGUGGAAGUUGAUGGUGGACGGCCAGACGUUAGACACACAAGAGUCUCUUUCUCUCUCUCUCUCUCUCUCUCUCCUCUUUCCUUUCUUUUUUCUUUCUUUUCUUUUCUUUCAUUCAUUUCUUUCUUUCAUUCUUUUAUUUAUUUCUUUUAUUUCAUUUUUCUUUCUUUCUUUUUCUUUCUUUCUCUUCUUUCUUUCUUUUCUUUCUUUCUUUUCUUUCUUUUCUUUUCUUUCUUUUUUCUUUCUUUCUGUUCUUUUUUCCUUUCUUUUUUCUUUCUUUCUUUUCAUUUCUUUUCUUUCUUUUCUUUUCAUUUCUUUUCUUUCUUUUCUUUUCUUUUCUUUCAUUCAUUUCUUUCUUUCAUUCUUUUAUCUAUUUCUUUCCUUUCUGUAAUUUUUCUUUCUUUUUUCCUUUCUUUUUUUCUUUCUUUCUUUCUGUUCUUUUUUCUUUUCUUUCAUUCAUUUCUUUCUUUCUUUCUUUCUUUCUUCCAUUAA